GCAGAUCAAAUCUCUGACGCUGUAGUGGACUACUGCUUAAAACACGAUAAAGACUCUCGCGUUGCUGUGGAAACAUUAGUGAAAGACAAUCACGUGAUCCUUGCGGGUGAAGUUAAAACUGGCGCUAUCUUGACUGACGAAAUCUUGCGUGAACUUGCUGCCAAUGUGAUUCACGAUAUCGGCUACACUGAUCAAGCAGAAAUCUUCAACAGCACAGACUUCGAAUUUCAAAACCUUAUCGGCCUACAAUCACAAGAUAUCAGCCAAGGCGUUGACCAAGCGAACUCUGAAGUAAUUGGCGCUGGCGACCAAGGCAUCAUGUAUGGUUAUGCGUGCAACGAAACAACAACUAAAAUGCCUUUGGCCUACACGUUAGCUUGCAAAUUGAUGGAACGUCAACAAGAACUGCUGCACGACGAAAUCAAUGUAUUACGUCCUGACGCAAAAGCUCAAGUGACUCUUGAGUACAACGAUGCUGGCGAAGCAAUUCGUGCAGACACUGUACUUCUAUCAACUCAAACAACUCACGAUGUAGACGCAGAAUUUAUCUCGCAAUACGUACGUGACGAAAUCAUCCGCCCUGUCAUCGGUGACUUGAUUGAUGAAGACACAAUCAUCCUUGUGAACCCUACAGGCCGUUUCGUAGUUGGUGGGCCAGUUGGUGACUGUGGCGUAACAGGCCGUAAAAUCGUAGCGGACAGUUAUGGCGGUGCUGCUCGUCAUGGUGGCGGUGCAUAC